GUAACCCUAUAUGGAUAAACGAGGUUUGAUCUGGAUCAAGAUCUCCUCACCAUCAGCAGUGCACUCUCCAGCAGCGUCUCCGCCCUUUUGACUUGCUUUAGUUGCUCGUUUCCUCUUCCGUAGCCACCUUUUCAACACCGCAUCCGUUGGCACGACAUGGGAGCGACGCUACCCGACGAACCCGUCAGUCCUACCCUCAUAUCGCGAUGGAAAGAGCGCCUUUCAAGCUUGACCGAACUUGUACUUCCAACAGACUAUCCUCGGCCCAUCCCACACCGCAUUGUGGAAGCGGAGCAGGUCUUACAAGUUCCAGAGGCCAUCUCUCUUGCGAUUCUCAAGCUUUCGCUGAAUAUCAAGCCUAACUACGGAGCAGUAUCUGAAGAACAUGCCGCUCAUGGAUCGUCGUCGACAAUUUCCCCUUUCACCAUCUUGCUCGCUGCUUUCUCCAUUCUUUUACACAAAUACACUGGCGAGGAGGAUAUUACCGUUGGAUCUAGUUCUCGAUCUUCAAAUCCUUUAGUAUUAAGAUUUCCACUAACUGAUAAUGAUACAAUUGCAACAGCAGUGCAGACUGUUCUCAAGGCCGAGGAGGAUGCUUUAGCCGACGAAAUCCCAUUUGCUGCGUUAUUGAAUGACUUGCUCGCACCGUCCUCCGUCCGACCCGAAUCUGGACAACAGCAGUCGCUCUUCAAAGUCCGAUUUUUCAACCUGACAGACACUACUCCUGACACUUUAUCUUCGACGACCACUUCAUCCACAUGUGACAUCACCAUUUUCAUUUCCCAGGCCCCAACCCUUCGCCGUCUUCUUCCCAUUGAGAUCCGAGUCGUGUACAAUACUGUCUUGUUCUCGAACAGUCGUAUUACGGACAUGCUGGAUCAACUGCAACUUGUUCUCCAAUCGGCUGCGGAAGAUCCUCAGGCAACAAUUGGCCGCAUUUCUCUCCUAACUGCGCGAAGCAGAACAUUGCUCCCAGAUCCCACUGCUGAUCUCGAAUGGGACAGAUUUGAGGGAGCAAUCACCGAUAUUUUUGCCCGAAACGCCAAAAGCCACCCUGAUCGUACAUGCGUCGUAGAAAGUAGGGAGGCACAAGGAAGUACUUUUGGAGACCUGCGGGAGUUCUCUUUCAAGCAGAUUAACGAAGCUUCGAACGUCCUUGCACACCAUUUGAUUGCAAAUGGUAUCGAGAGAGAGGAUGUUGUAGUGCUGUAUUCGUACAGAGGAGUAGACUUGGUGGUGGCCGUCAUGGGUGUCCUUAAAGCCGGAGCGAUUUUCAGUGUCAUUGAUCCAGCGUAUCCUCCGUCUCGCCAGAAUAUUUACCUUUCGGUCGCAAAACCUCGCGGAUUGGUCAUUCUACGUAAGGCUGGCGAGCUUCAUGAAGAUGUCCGUGGAUAUAUUAAGGAUAAUCUUGACAUCAAGUGUGAGGUGCCUGCAUUGGAGAUUCUUGACGAUGGACUUCUAGUCGGUGGCAGCUCCACUGGCACCGAUGUUCUAGCACCCCAUCAGAACAAUGCCAGUAUCGAACCAGCUGUAGUGCUAGGCCCCGACAGCGGCUGCACGUUGAGCUUCACAAGUGGAAGUACUGGCAUACCGAAAGGCGUCAAAGGUCGUCAUUUUUCAUUGACGCAUUUUUAUCCCUGGAUGAGGCACGAAUUUGGAUUAACUGAGCAUGAACGCUUCACAAUGUUGAGUGGGAUUGCACAUGACCCAAUUCAACGCGAUAUCUUUACACCAUUAUUCCUCGGUGCACAGCUGCGAAUCCCAACAGCGGAAGACAUUGGCACGCCUGGCCGGUUGGCAGAAUGGAUGGCUCACCAUGGGAUUACGGUCACUCAUCUCACCCCUGCCAUGGGUCAGCUAUUGUCCGCUAACGCAACCCACCCAAUUCCUACGCUUCGCAAUGCGUUCUUUGUGGGGGACGUUCUGACGAAGCGAGAUGUCCUCCGUCUCCAGUACUUGGCACCGAAUACCCAUGUUAUCAACAUGUACGGCACGACCGAGACCCAGCGUGCUGUAUCGUAUCUUGACAUUCCACCUACGUCGUUGAACCCCGGGUUCCUUUCUGAGCAGAAAGAUAUUAUGCCGGCAGGAAAGGGCAUGAAAAAUGUCCAGCUACUGGUAGUCAAUAACUCAGGAUUACUUUGUGGUAUUGGAGAGGUCGGCGAAAUCUAUGUCCGCAGCGGAGGCUUAGCAGAAGGAUAUCUUGACCUCGAAGCCAGCGCCCAAAAAUUUGUCCCAAAUCCUUUCAAUCCAUCGGGACCUGAACCUGACCGUAACCUGCCUUAUUACAAGGGACCACGUGACAGGAUGUAUCGUUCUGGCGAUCUUGGGAGGUACCGCCCUGACGGUUCUGUAGAGUGCACAGGACGUGCUGACGAUCAAGUCAAAAUUCGAGGAUUCAGGAUCGAGUUAAAGGAGAUUGACACUCAUCUUAGUCAACAUUCCAAUGUUCGUGAGAAUGUGACAUUAGUCAGACGUGACAAGGAUGAGGAAAAGACUCUGGUCAGUUACAUCGUUCCACUGGAUGCAGAUGUUGAUGUGGCAGCGUUUAUCAAGGACGUGCGAGAAUACCUCAAGACAAAGCUACCGGGAUAUGCUGUACCGAAAGUGAUAUUUCCGUUGAAGCGAAUGCCUUUGACGCCCAACGGUAAAGUCGACAAGAACGCUCUUCCUUUCCCAGACACCGCUCUUACUGCGGCCGCUCCUGCAACUGGUGAAGACAAUAUACUCACGCCCAUUCAGCUGGGCAUUCGUGAUAUCUGGUCAAACGUACUUGGAAGACCAUCCACGAGCAUUCCAAUUGAUGAUAAUUUCUUUGAUUUGGGCGGACAUUCUAUUUUAGCGACACGGCUUGUUUUCGAAGUUCGUAAGACACUGGCGGUCGAAGUCCCUCUUAGCAUUGUAUAUAGAGAGCCCACAGUUAGAGGGAUGGCAAAGGAAGUAGAUUUCAUUCGUGGUGGCGACUUGCGGAUGAUUGGUAAUGAGAGUGGGAAGACCGAAAGAGGAGCCGGUGAGCAGGUAGCGGUUGAGGAGGAGGAAGAGGUAGAUUACGCUGCUGAUUUGGAUGCGCUGGAUGAUCCGGCGAUCUCCGCAACUGGCCUACCGCAGUUUGAUUUUCCGAUUAAGGAGGGACUGCCCGUUGGCCGUCCGGUGUUUUUUUUGACUGGGGCGACAGGAUUUUUGGGUGCUUUCAUUCUCGGUGCGCUGUUGAGGCGAUUCCCUAAUAGUCGAGUGAUUGCUCUUGUCAGAGCUAAAACCCCUCAGGACGCAUUGGCAAGAAUACGAGACAAUGGCGAACGGCACCUUGUAUGGGAAGACCAGUGGUUGACAGCCGACCGGGUGGAGGCUAUCUGUGGUGACCUUGCGUUGUCGCGCCUGGGUGUGUCAGAAGAGCAAUGGGAAUAUCUGUCCACGGACGUAGACGUGAUUGUUCACAAUGGAGCGCUAGUUCACUGGGUGUACCCCUAUCAUAAACUCCGAGCACCCAAUGUCCUCGGCACGUUGGAAUCUUUACGACUGGCUACACGGCAUCACCUUAAGCCUCUCCACUUUGUAUCUUCCACCGCCGUAUUGGAUACCGAGCAUUAUAUGCGCAAGCUUGAGCUCGGAGAAAAAGGGAAGGUUCUUGAAACUGACGAUCUCGAAGGCUCGAGAAAAGGAUUGCGUAGUGGUUACGGUCAGACUAAGUGGGUGUCCGAAAAGCUGAUUAUGAUAGCACGCGAACGAGGUGUGCCGGCGACUAUCAUCCGACCAGGGUAUAUUGUGGGUGACUCUACUACCGGAGUUGGAAACACCGAUGAUUUCUUGUGGCGACUGGUCAAAGGCUGCAUUCAACUCGGUAAAGUGCCACGUAUUGCAAAUCUUGUCAACAUGUGCCCAGUGGACUACGUUGCGGGUGCAAUCGCUGAAGUAGCGUCGACACCGACUUCACUCGCUCUAGGUGUCUUCCACAUGCAUAAUUCAGACCGCUUCAAAUACGAUGACAUGUUUGGUCAUUUGGUGCGCAAAGGUUACACUCUCGUGCCUGUGGACUACAUCCAUUGGCGAACUGCAUUGAUGGACCUUACACUUUCAACUGCUGACAAUGCACUGUAUCCCCUUUUGCAUUUUGUUUUGGAUGAUUUGCCUACGAGUACCAAGAGCGCGGAGCUGGAUGAUAGCCACGUGAAACAAGUACUGGAAGAGAGGCCCGGCGGGGUGGUAUGCAAGAGUAUGAAUGAGCUGAUGGGACUGUAUUUAGGAUACUUCGUGGAGAUUGGAUUUCUAGAGAAGCCGCCCAUAGGUGGGGAGCCAAUGAUGAGGCUUGAUGCCUGGCAGGGUCUGAAGGGAAGCGUGGGUAGAACGAGAGGGUAGUUUCAUUGUUCUGUUGCGAAUGCUUUAACCGUGAAAAAAAUUAAAUGCUAUCUGUCGAGGA